AUAACGACUCGGGGUGACGCCCGUGUCCUCGUUCAAAUUACGAGAUGAAUUUUUGAAAGGGGAUAGGUCCGCCCGCUGGAGUGACUCGCCUACUUUGCGAGAUGCUUCGCAGGAAUAGGAUCUUCCCUGACCCCUUGAUUUGUUCAAAUCAAUUCAAAAUGUCCUCCUAAAGUCUAAUGACCACGAAAACCGAUUCAAAGAACAUUGUCACCGGUUCGUGCAGUGAAUUACCACCAAGGAUGUAUUAUGAUAUUCCACCAGCAGAGGGCAGCAGCAUCUCUUCACACAAAAUCUGUCGGAGAAUGGCCACCACCACACAUGUACGCAAGGAACCACAACUCCCAUAAUGCACCACGUCAUACUCAGACCCAAGCAGGGUCGGUACCGGACUAGAGCAAGCACAUCACCGCUGCCUUGCAUCGUCGUUUACAAGAGAAAUGGCAGCAGCCUUGUCCCGCGCCCUCAAACUACCAGGGAAGAAAGGCUCCGAGCUGGGCGAGUAUGACCCGCUCACCCAAGCCGACAGCGAGGACGACAGCGAAGAGGACGACCUCGUCCUCAAUUACCCCCGUAACGGUCUGGGCCGGGACACACACCUCGGCGGCGGCGGCGGCUCCACGAAGCUGCGCGGAGGACGCUCCGGGCGACUCGUGGCGGCCGAAGAUGAGGCGCAGGAGGAAGAGGACGAAUGGAGAGAGCGGCUCCCCAGCAAAUCCCAACAGGAUAGAGGCGAUGUGAAGGGCGGGCAGUACUGGAGCCCGUCCAGGGAGGACAGAGGCCAACCGGGAGGAUCCGGACUGAGAGUGCAUGGCACGGACGAGGAAGUGAAGAGGAGGAGGAGGAAGAAUGCGGUGCGGGCUUCCUUUUUCCUGGUGCCUCUGGUGUGCGCCAUGAUGCUGGUGCUGCUCUGUGCUUUCCUCAUUCCCUGUCAGAAGGGGGCGCUAGCAAAGAGGCCGCAAUGGGAGAGAGCAACAGGAGAUGCAGCAGGCGUGACUCCACCUGCUCUGGCAUUAUGGGAUGUCGAUGGUGACUCAGUGGACGACGUGUUGCUCAGUGUCACCGAGUGCACCAAUGACACGCAUCUCACUCAAGGAAACAAAAUUCACAGUGCCGUGGUCCUGUCCGGCGCCACCGGCCAGGUGCUGUGGAGGAAAAUCACCUGGGAGUCGGUCAUGUACAUCCAGUGCGGCCUGCAGCUCAGCGCCCAGCCGUCGCCUGUGUGUCUCCUCAUUGGGAAGUCCAUCGUCAUGGCCGUAAACGGCACCACAGGGAAGAACCUGUGGUCUGCACUCCUGAAGAACAUCGAAUCCCAGGCGGUGUUACUCCCAGACCUCCAAGGAGACUCGAUCCCGGACCUGCUCAUAGCCACCCUGCCUGCAGAUGAGACUCUGGAUCUCUCCCUGACUUUAAUCUCGGGGUUGACCGGAGCGACGCUGGGACAAUCCGUGUCUUUUAACCUCACCGGACAAGGAAAACUAAUCGGACCGCUUCUGCACGAGACGCAACAAAGGGCGGCGUACGUGCUGUUCGGCCUGGGGAAUGUUGUGGCCAUCUCGCUGCGGGAUCUCUACAUCCGUGCAACCAGCAAGUUACCAAUGGCUCAGACACUUAGACGGAAGGAUCCGGGGUGGGAGGGGCUCAAGAAAACAAACUCCUCUUCCUUCGUACACAUUUUCAGGGGAUCCGAGCGUGUGGACUUCAUGCUCCCCCUUGUGGCCGGUUUCGGCACCUGCUCCAACAACCUGGACACGGUUUCCAACCGGAACGCCAGCAAGAGCGACUGGCUGUUGGUGUACGGCUUCAGCAAAAUCUCCAUGCUCAGACAGAGGGAUGUUCGAAAACAGUGGACCUUUAACUCCGCCCCCAUCCACAGCCAACCAACACCGGGACACUUUAACGAGGACGGAAUCCUUGAUGUUUUCAUUCAGCACUCGGCAAAUGGAACCAUGACGGCGCUGGUUAUUGACGGCGCAAACGGGCGCCCUCUCUGGACGGCGCAGUUUGUGUGCCCUCGUCUCGUUCUGGAAGCGGCAGCGGUCUCCACGACGACCGGCCUAUCCGCUUUUGUCUUCUGGGCCAGCGAGCCAAUCGGAGCACAGAAGAAUAUCACCAAGGCAACUAUGGCUCCUGGUGUUACCGCGGCGGAGCCCGUGAUCAGAAAGCUCUUCCUCCUGCACCCGACACAUCCCAGAAUCCUGCUGGAGCUCUCCAGCACCACCGACACCGUGGUCGCCGCAGCAGUGAGUUACGAGGGCCGUCUGAAAGACGCGUCCUACAUCAGCGUAUCCUCACGGCCGACGCCAGACUCUGAGCCCGCCGCUCGGAUGGUGAAGAGCAUGAGCCUGCGCGCCGCCAUCGCUAAAGGACAAACGGUCACACUCGGGGAGGAGAGCAGGAGCGGGACGGCGCUUGAGAUCAACACGUUCUUCAGACGCUUGUUCUUCAAGCAUCAGGUGGGGGGCACAUAAAGCGGUCCGAAGAAGCUCGACACGGAUUCCGGGUCUACAGUGUGUACAAAAAACUGUUUUGUUUUUGUUUUUUUUAGUAAGAUGCUCUCCCAAGCACAGGAGCUACGACGGACUGCGCUGCACUGAAGAUGUUUACAUCUCAUUAGUGGAAUGAAUCAGUAUUUAAACACCGCUUAUCUGGGAUUUUUUUUAAUAUUGUGACGUUAUUUAUAUUAAUUUGACCAAUAUUUGUAUUUAUUUAAGUGACGUUUUAAGAUGUUAUUGAAUGUUUAACGACAGCCUGGACAUGCUGGCAGCACUUUGUUGGAAAUGAGUUUACUUGGCUCAUAGAAUGCUUCCAUGGCCCGUGUGGUCAGGUCACAUGAUUAGGAGCCACUGACGAGUGUCAUCUGUAAAUAUCCGUUGUUGUACAGUAUUUAUUGAUUGGAUGUACGUCGUAUCUUAUUUUUUUCCUCACAUGGCCGCACUCAAGUACAGUAUAGGGCAACUUUAUCUGCCACAGACGUCACACUAUAUUAUUUCUACAGUAUGGAUUGUUUUUGUUGUAAAUAAUCACAUUUUGCAGAGGCCCGGGGAGUAAGUUAAUAUAAAUAAAUAAACUAGGCAGACAAUA